AUGUAUGCCAAGGUUUCCACAACAGCCAUGAAAGAAUUAAAUCGAAAUGUCCAAGCUUCCUCCUUUCCUACCACUCCUCCUUUUCACGCUACUUUCAAACUCCCAAUACACCACUCCAUUCUUUCUCUCUCCUCUCUCCUCUCUCCUCUCUCCUCUCUCUUUCCACAACUAAAUACUCCUAUUUCCGUAAUGUACAUUAUUAUUUGUUAAUUAAAUUCUUUUCAACCCAGUUAAUUGGUACUGGUAGCUGGUCAUUGCUAGAUCUGGGGAUGCUUUUUCAUUCUAAUUCUGAAAAUGUAAAUAUUUUGACGAUUAUAUUGUCGUGAUUGUGGAUUGUUGGUCAGGAAGAUGGGUACCGGAAGCAGUAAAUCGCGUCGAAUUGGUGGUAGUUCGGUGUCUUCUGCUUCUUCUACGUCGUCGUAUUUAUCCUCAUUUUCUUCUUCAAAUGAAAGGAGUAAAAAACGAGGAAUUUUUAGCUCUACUUGUCUUGGAUCCUCUUCGAGAGCUUACGACGACGAUGAUGAGGAUGAUGAUGAUCAGGUUUCCAAUCAUCAAGUUGAAGUUAGUGCAAGAAUGCAGCGACCUGAAUUGGAGUCUGACGAAGUGAAAGUUGAUUGUUACCAAACAUCUAAAGUUAAUGGGACUAAUAACACACCUUGUGUAUCUAAUGGGGAAUGGGAUCAUGCAAAUGGAGCAGACAGUAGAAGCAGGGCAGAUGGAAGUUCAUCUCAAGCUUUCUCUGGCCAAUCCUUAAAUCAUUCGAGUCGAUUUUUAUCUCGCUUCAGUUUUGUACCUGGUAGUGUUAGCUUUCGGCUCAGUAGAGCUUCCAGUGUGGGGUCAUCACGUGCUUAUCCUUCUUCACUUUCUAACUUAGCUAUUUCAAGAGGUGAAGAGGAUCAUAUGCGUGGAAGUUUUUCGGAUCAUUUGAUCAGCAGUAAUACUAAUGAGAGUCAAAGUAAUAGCUCUCUGAAUUCUUCAUGUCUUGCCAGUGCAUCAGUUAGAUCUCAUGGCGAUUCGUCUAUAAAUUUGGUGGGAUACCCUGCAAGUUCUACUUUGUCCGUUUCCUUGCAAGAUGACCAGGUCAUCCGUGCACAAGAUUUGGUGAAUAAUGAUAGAGAUAGUACUAGAACAGAUGUGUGUUUACCCUCUCUUGGAAGUCAUAUGGAUAUGGAACGUGUGAACAGGAGAAUCGGCAACCGUCGAAAUGGUGCCCGAGAACCAGCCGAACGGAAUGUUCGUUUUAGUAGAACAUUAAGUGUCGGAAGACUCCGUGAUAGGGUUCUACGGAGACCAUCCUUUUCAGACUUGACUCUUUCUCCUUCGCAACAGGAGAGAGCCACUGCUUCUGAUGGAGAUCCUGUUCACUCUGUGGUGUCUUCUCCUUAUCCAGUGCCCCGUACGCCUAGCUCCUAUUAUGCUAGUCAAAAUAAUGACAAUGAUACAUUACACCUUAGAGAAAGCAGGCAUCACGAUUUACUGGAGCAUAGAUCAAAUUUCUUGGAACGGCGAAGAAGAAUAAGGUUUCAGGUACAGGCACUUCAGCGUUUGGGAAGUCGCUUUGAUAAUCUGUCAGGGCAUGAGAGACAUUGUAUUUUGUCUGGGCAGCAUCAAACUGGACGCUGCUCUUGUCGCAUCAGCACCAGAAAUUCUAAUUCAAAUAAUGAUGGUGGUACUCGGGCUAGCAUAUCGAGAAUCGUUAUGCUAGCUGAGGCUCUGUUUGAGGUUCUGGACGAAAUUCACCAGCAAUCAGUGGUGUUAUCCUCCCAACCUUCCGUAUCGUCUAUUGGAUCAGUUCCAGCACCCAAUGAGGUUGUAGAAUCACUGCCUGUAAAAGCAUACAAUAAAUCGACAAAAUUUCAGAAUGAGGAGAUUGCACAAUGUUACAUAUGUCUAUUGGAGUAUGAGGAAGGCGAUGACAUGCGUGUACUGCCUUGUCAUCAUGAGUUUCAUAAGAAGUGCAUUGACAAGUGGCUUAAGGAAAUUCACAGGGUAUGCCCACUUUGCCGUGGAGACAUAUGUAGAGCUGCAUCAUUACCCGUUGGGAGUGGAGGCAGCUGUUAAAGUUCUGCAUACUAAACUGUUUGGUGAAACACUUGGGAACAAGCAGGUUGCGUCUGUGAUGCUCUCAUGGAGAUUUAUGGUUUUUCCUGCUUGGGCUCUUGUUUCGUCGACAUUUUGACUCAGGUAACUCAAAUGAAGAAAGGUGAUCAACUUGUAAUGCUUUGGAACUGAUAAAUCUUUGAUUUCUGUCUACGUAAAAUGAGAGAACACAACAGAUGUAGAAUGGUUUUUUAUGAGAUGGGGACAGCCGGACAGGUGAUCAAUGCACCAUUUUGUACGUCUAGUUCCUGAAAUGUCACAAACCUAUGUAGGUGCGUUUUUUUUUUGUUCCGUCUCCAAUUGUUUGCUUUGUUUUUGUUGGGUAACCUUGUGAUUAUCGUGCAACCAGGAGCUGAUUCAAUCUGUAUUCGGUAACUAUGUAACAUUAAAUUUUAGUGUAAUUGAUUCUUAUCAAUAAGAUCUUCCUCGCAGCUUGUAUUUUUACCAGUCUACUUACAAAA